GUCCGAUCUCCCAUUCCCCACCUCUCCUCACCGCACCAACCACCACCGUCUCCUCCCAGCACCCCAACCUUCCUUCUCUCCCCUCCGCUCCUGCGCGCGCGCGCGCGUUUUUAUAAGGGUUUCGGGGCGCGCCGGAUGGCCGACGAGGACAGCGGGAGCCCGCCGAGGGGCGGCGGCGGGGGCGGGGUCAGGGAGCAGGACAGGUUCCUCCCCAUCGCCAACAUCAGCCGCAUCAUGAAGAAGGCCGUGCCGGCCAACGGCAAGAUCGCCAAGGACGCCAAGGAGACGCUCCAGGAGUGCGUCUCCGAGUUCAUCUCCUUCGUCACCAGCGAGGCGAGUGACAAGUGCCAGAAGGAGAAGCGGAAGACCAUCAACGGGGACGACCUGCUCUGGGCCAUGGCCACGCUCGGCUUCGAGGAGUACGUGGACCCCCUCAAGAUCUACCUGCAAAAGUACAGAGAUAUGGAGGGUGAUAGUAAAUUGACCUCAAAAUCUGGUGAUGGAUCAGUAAAGAAAGAUACAAUGGGUGCCCAUGGUGCAACUAGCUCAAGUGCCCAAGGGAUGGUCCCGCAUGGAGCUUACGCCCAAGGGAUGGGUUAUAUGCAACCUCAGUACCAUAAUGGGGACACCUAACUCUGAAGACUGGCAAUUUUCGGCAAUGGGUAUUGCCCCAUGAGUGGUUAUCUAUCUGUUAAGGAAGCCGCCUCCACCUUAGGUUCAUGAUCAUUGGCUGAAAACUAAGGCAUCUGAAAGGGUGUUUAGCAGUUGGUUGUGAUGGCUGGCCUCCAAGAUGUAAAUUGCUUCCGUGAGAAUAGAUUCACCUAUGGUUUAGUGCUUGUUUUUAUCUGUAUAUUCAGAAUAAUUCAGCCAUUGGUAGUUUGGCAAUCUUUUUUGUUUUCAGAUAUUUGUAUUAGGAAAGCAUAAAUCUAUGGCAACUGGUCAUUAACUUA